GGCAGAUAGAUAUUUCACCUUUCACUUCGCAAUAUAAAUGGGUGCAAGAUAAUUUACUUCGGAAGUCGGCAGUCAAUGCGUGAAAGGUGUUGUUAUCCACUCACUCACCAGUGAAGAAGCUAAAUGCUUGUCAGAUAUGACGUAACCUGGUUCAAGAAAGGAUUACCAGUCUUCUUUCUCUCCCGCCCCGAGGCUUUUUGGUCAUUCAGUGUGUCGUCUGCUGUGAGUGUGAGAGCUAGCUAGCUGGUGAUCAUCGAGGAGGAGCGAUGCGUUUGCUCACAGGUCAAGGACAGGGGUGAACAGUAAAGAAACUUUAAUGGUCUGCACAUUGACUGUCGUUUGUCAACUGUCUGUCUGGCAAAGUUUUGUUUCAUGCCACCGAAGUCUGAAACAUGUCAUUACCAUCUGAACCCUCCACAUGGACCCAUUGAGACCAUUAUCAGGAUUUCAUUCGCAGUUUAUCCUGUACAUUAGUAGAACCCCAGUGAUCGGGAUAUUUCUCUUGGAUUAUAUUAAAAAGGAUAUGAACAUUAUUUGAAUUCGUCUAAUUCUGAUGCAGCUUUUGUUUCUAACAGAGGGAUUUGAUUUACCUAACAUGGAAAAUUAUACGGCUCCACCGGCUAGUCUGCUAAGUACAUCGAGCGGGUCAGCGAUGGUUUCCCCGCCCGCCAGUACGGGGGAUUCGGGCGAAUUGUUUCGAUUCACCAACUACACCCAACGGGCCAUCGUGGCGACGAUGUUCAUCAUCGCCUGCGUCCUCGGUACCGCGGGUAACUCGCUGGUCAUUCUCGCCGUCGUAUUCUCGAAAAAACUACGAACGAUCACGAACGUUUUCGUCGUGAAUCUUGCUGUCGCUGAUCUCCUCACCUCGUUAAUUCUACCAUGGAAUGCUGUGGCGUUGCUAAGUAGAGAUGGCUGGCCACUCCAUGAAUGGGUUUGUAGCGCUGCUGCAGGAAUCCUAUUCACCUGUGUUGGAUGUAGCACUUACACUCUAGCAUCAAUCGCCUUGAAUCGUUGCAUCCUCAUCACCAAACGUCUUCAAAGCUACCAAGCCAUCUUCAAGAUCCGUAACCUGGCCAUCUGGAUCUCUCUAACCUGGAUCAUACCCUUCGUUCUCUGCGUCAUCCCUGGGUUCGUCGGCCUGGGCCAACUGGGCUACAACGCGAAAUACAGCACCUGCAGUCAACAGUCCAAACAUGAGUAUUCCAACUACUACGAUAUCCUCCAGGCUCUGGGGAUCUAUCCCAUCCCGCUCGUCAUCAUCGUCGUCUGCUAUAUCAAGAUCUUUCUUCAUGUUCGACAUCAUCUCAGGUCGAUGCUCUCGACGUCGGUGUCAUGCCCGAGUAGUAAUGACAACGAGCUCUCAUCCUCUGUCAAUGAUACAUCAGUCCCCCAUGUUAACAGGAUUUCUUGCAAGGCCCCUCCCUCGAAGCAGAACGGAACAAGCAACAACAACCCCCAGCGAAUCAGCAACCAUAAUGCUUCCAUCACCUCCUCACAUAGCUCACUCAGAGGACGCCAGCUACGUCGACAGGUGGAAAUCACCAAAAACCUUUUCUAUGUCGUCUGCGCGUUUCUCAUCUGCCUCACGCCGUACAGCGUGUGUCUUCUCUACGACGAUAGCGACCCGUUCGUCCCUUACGCCGCCGCCAUCGUCUUCUGUAACUCGUGCAUAAAUCCCAUCAUCUAUGCCACCAAACAUCCAUAUUUCAAGAAGGUCUUCAGGUGUAUUCUCACAUGCAAAUGCAGUGAUAUCCCUGAAGCAGCUGACGUCAUCAAAAGGGUGUCAAAAAAGACGAAGAAUAAUCGUACGGGAUGCCGGUCUACGACGUAUGAGAUGUGACAAAGAAAGGAAACAAAAUCGUUACAAAUAGAACAAUAUGUAUGAAAGUGACGAUUAUACGAUAAUUGUAACAUGAACAUUUCUUGAAACGAGACAAAAAUAUAAGACUUGCAGCAAAUUUAUCUUUUUGUUCAGCGUUUUAGAGAGCGGUCCGCUCGUUAUGACUGCUAAGACAAAAAUUUGAAAACUACUGGCACUGUACACUGAAACACCGAAUGCCGAUGUGAAGUAAUCGAGAGUUUGAGCAUGGUAACAGAAUGAGAAUGGAGCAAAUGAGCUCACAUGAACCGUAGUAAUUCAAUGAUUUGUUACCAUGUCUCAGCAUGUUCAAAGGAACUAAAAAAUCGAAAUCGAUGGAUGCAUCUAACAACAGUAUAACAUGGAUGCAAUGGUUCAGGAAAAUACAGUUUGAUGUACAGAAUUUUCGUCAGUUCACAAAACAUUGGUUAGUGAAAUCAAUGAUAUCACAAAAUUAUUGAGCUGCUAUUGCAUCGACUCUGGUCUGAUUUUUUAAGGAUCGUUCUCCGAUUUAUUUAGUUUUAUGAUAAUAAUGACAAAAUUCAAUUCAGUGGGAAUUUUGGUCGUUUCAUUUAAUCAUCUUUGGUAUAAUAAAAGAUUGUAUAAAUGCUUGCGGCCUUGAAUAUGGCAAAACUUCAUUAAAUUCAACGUCUUAACAAUCAUUUUUUUAAAUAAUUCUUCCCAUUGGGAAGUGGAAUUGCUCAGCAAAUUAAAAGUUUUCAUUGCAACUCACUCAUGAAUGUUUGCAUCGUCACGUGAAUGAACGCAUGUAAUAUGUUGUUACUCAGCAAUAAUAUCUCCCCCGAAAAAAAGAGCAGCGAGCUUCCACUUGUUAAUUUCUAUGUAGAACUCUAACUCUUUGUAUGAAUAACAGUAACAUCUCUUUAUCAGCAUUUUAUGAAUGUACUUGCCUAAAUGUUGUUAACAUUCUAUUUAUUGUGGGUAAUGUUUUUAAGUUGAGUUUAAGGCUGAAAAGAAAGUAAGUUAAAGUGUCUUUUAUUGCCUUGAUAAUAAGAAGAAGCAAUGGAAUCUUCCUCUGUUCUUGCCUUUGCAUUUUUUACAAUUUUUUCUAAAAUUUUCUAAUCGUUUUCAUAUUCUUAGCGUGGCGUCAUUUGUCAACAGGUUACCGGACCAAACCAAAGCUAUUUUUCUACAUUGUUCAAGUUUUCAUUUACAUGUGGUACGAUCAAUUAAUGUAGUCUAAUUUGUCAACAGUUCGUCGUAUAACCAUAUUUUGUCUAAUCAUAACCACAUUCGUCUAAUGAUGAUAAUAAUACUGAUAAUUAUGAUGAGAAUGCUAAUAAUAAUAACUGGAUUUAUGUAGCGCCUUUGCCAGAGAACACAAGGCGCUGUCACCGAUCUCUCUAUCACCUGCAUGUAUAUAAUACGUUUUCCGAUUUUAAAAAAAGGCAAUAGGAUUUUCUACAAAAAAGGUUAAAGAAAAAGGAGAGAAAUAUUUCCUGUAUGCGUAGAUGAAAGCUAAAACAUUAGAGAAACAAUUGAGUGGAUUCAAAUGAAUGAAAAGAAAAUUAAGAAGACGUUUUUAUCGUAGAGCCCUCACUACGACAAUUGACAAAAUCUGAUGAAGCUAAGCUUUUUAUUGGGUCAUGAGAGUAAUUAAAUAAAAUUAGACUUGAGGUCUCUUGCAUUUGCAACUUAUAAAGUAAUCGUUACAGAGGAGACACCCGGAUUGACAAUAGAUUUAACAAAAUAAAUGUCCAUAGUGCGUUGUCUCACCUACAUGUUGGAAGAUAUAUGUUGUACUGUACAUGUAGAUCAAAUUACAAUAAAUCUGUCAAAUAUUUUCGUGAGACCAUGUUGGAGGAUGUGAUAUGUUUUUCUUUAGAUGUGGGAGACUUUCGAUGAUGUCUGAAAUGGAGAAACAAAAAUGAUUGAUUAUGGUUUUGUAAAGUGAGACCCCUAUUAAAAUAUGAUAUUUUCUCUCUAUAGUCUAGCGCUUCCGAAUCGGGACAAACAAAUCAAAGAAAGUUAUAACUCUCUGUUUCUAUAGUCGACCAUCUGUUGUAUGUAUGCAUGUCAGUAUGGGAUGGGCAAUAGCUUAUUAUUCUCAGAUUAAGAGUCGCUAAAGAUAAACUUGAGAUAGACGGGAAAUACAUCCUCACCUGAUCAAGUCAAUCUUUCCACUCCAUUUUCAAGACUGUAAUGUGUCAGACGAUUUUGCGUAGUUAAUCAUAAUCGAGUAAUUCAUUUGAAAUUGUGACAUUCGAACUGGAUUAUAAAAACAAGUUUUACGCUCUCACGAAGCACUACAUCAUUGUAUCUAUCUACUAAGGUAUCUUCCCCCAGCUUAUAGUGGGUUGAUUGCACCAUGUUUCCACAUAUCUUUGUUAUCUGCCAUUCAAGCGCCAUUCCACUCCAAGUCUCAGUGUUCUCCUCCCAGUUAGUUCUUGGUCUACCUCUUGGUCCAUUCUCCAAGAACCCCAUUGUCAUAUCACGAUGAUGCAACACGAAUAUACCUUUGAAAGCAUUAACGGUAAUUAUGAUUAUGAAUGUACAUGGCUGUGUAUUAAAUGUUUCAUGUAAAUAAUAUUUAAUGUAUUAUGUGUAUAAUGUGCAUUGUUCUCAAUAUUCUUGACAUUUUCUGUUUCUGUAAUGCAAGCGGUGUACAAUAAAAGAACGUUUUACAUAUGAUA